AUGGCUCUGUGCGGGGAUGUGGGAGCCUCGUCCCUCCCCAGCGAGCUGGUGGUUCAUAUCUUCUCCUUCCUGCCGGCCUCGGACCGGCUCCGGGCCUCCCUGGCCUGUUCCCACUGGCGGGAGUGUCUGUUCUACCCGGCGCUGUGGCCGGAGCUCCGGCUCAGCCUGAGGCUCUCCCUGGCCGAGCGGCCGAGGCUCGACUUCCUGCUGCGGAGGUGCGGCGCCUUCGUGCGCGAGCUGCGGGUGGAGUUCGCCGCCGACAAUUACCUGGCCGUGGGCGCCGAGAGCAGCGCGGGAGCCGGGGGGGCCUCACCCACCACCGCCGCCGCCGACCAGCAGGGGGAGCCGCACCUGUCCGAGCGCUGGGCUGACGUCAUCAGGACCUACCUGGAGCUGGUCCUGUGUGUGCUGAGCAGUAUCCGGGGCAACAGGAACCUUCAGAAGCUCAGCCUUGUUGGAGACAUCAGUAUUUUGCAGCAGAAUGGCGCCGUAACCAGCCCGUAUUUAAAUAAAGUGGAUCCCGGGAGCAAAAAGAUCAGACAGAUCCAGCAGCUCUUCGAGGAGAUUUUGGCAAGUAGCCGGCAGCUGAAGUGGCUGUCCUGUGGGUUCAUGCUGGAGAUAGUCACUCCCACCUCCUUGGCAUCGCUGUCCAAUCCAGUCGCCAGCACCUUAGAACAUCUCAGUUUACUGGACAACCACUCUCCCGCCAACACCACCUUGAUCACCGCCGUCGAGUUGGAGCGCUUCGUCAACCUGCGCUCCCUGGCUCUGGACUUUUGUGACUUCACGGCCGAAAUGGCGAGGGUGUUGGCGAACAACAACCACGUGCCUUUGCAUCGACUGUCCCUCCUGGUCCACAGCACUUCCCUGAAGAGCAAAACCCUGGACAAGAUGCCGGACGACGAGGACUGGAAGGCCCUGACCCAGAACAGCACCAACCUCCGGGUCUACAUGAUGGCGUUCGAUGUCAAAAGCGACGACAUGCUCCGGAUCUUGAAGCCCAGCAUACCGCUCGAGCGGAUUCACUUCGACAGCUACAUCACCUGCGUGUCCGGGGCAGUGGUCGACCUCAUAUCCCGGCAAUACGACGCAUUCCUGACCCACUUCAUCCUGAUGAAUGAUGUCAACGACAUGUCCGGCUUUCCAGAUCUCAGCGACAACAGGAAUGAAGAUCCGCUGGUUCUAUUGGCUUGGAGGUGCAUGCGGCUGUCCCUGCUGGCUAUCCAUGGCUACACCGUCUGGGCACACAACCUCAUAGCAAUCGCUCGUCUUCGGGGGCCAGACCUAAAAGUCCUGGAGGUCACAGAGGAGAGCAUAGACUUUGACCAAAGCGAGCUGGCCGACCAAGAUGUGGAUCCAGUGCACAACCUGAUAGAACAGGUAUCGAUCGGAUUAGCACGACCUUGGCAGGCGGUCAUGGACAUUGAACUUCUCAGCGUCUUCACCGAACCGGCUCGGCACUUUUACAGAGAGAUGCAAAACUUCAGCGAAGGCAUUUAG